AUGAACUACUGUAACUCCCCAUCUCCUCCAAUCAACUACUGUAACUCCCCAUCUCCUCCAAUCAACUACUGUAAAUCCCCGUCUCCACCAAUCAACUACUGUAAAUCCCCGUCUCCACCAAUCAACGACUGUAACUCCCCGUCCCCACCAAUCAACUACUGUAACUCCCCGUCCCCACCAAUCAACUACUGUAAAUCCCCGUCUCCACCAAUCAACUACUGUAACUCCCCGUCUCCUCCAAUCAACUACUGUAUCUCCCCAUCUCCACCAAUCAACUACUGUAACUCCCCGUCUCCACCAAUCAACUACUGUAACUCCCCGUCCCCACCAAUCAACUACUGUAAAUCCCCGUCUCCACCAAUCAACUACUGUAACUCCCCGUCUCCACCAAUCAACUACUUUAACCCUCCGUCCCCACCAAUCAUCUACUGUAACUCCCCGUCCCCACCAAUCAACUACUGUAACUCCCCGUCCCCACCAAUCAACUACUGUAACUCCCCGUCCCCACCAAUCAACUACUGUAACUCCCCGUCCCCACCAAUCAACUACUGUAACUCCCCGUCCCCACCAAUCAACUACUGUAACUCCCCGUCCCCACCAAUCAACUACUGUAACUCCCCGUCCCCACCAAUCAACUACUGUAACUCCCCGUCUCGACCAAUCAACUACUGUAAAUCCCCGUCUCCACCAAUCAACUACUGUAACUCCCCGUCUCCUCCAAUCAACUACUGUAUCUCCCCGUCUCCACCAAUCAACUACUGUAACUCCCCGUCUCCACCAAUCAACUACUGUAACUCCCCGUCUCCACUAAUCAACUACUGUAACUCCCCGUCCCCACCAAUCAACUACUUUAACCCUCCGUCCCCACCAAUCAACUACUGUAACUCCCCGUCCCCACCAAUCAACUACUGUAACUCCCCGUCUCCACCAAUCAACUACUUUAACCCUCCGUCCCCACCAAUCAACUACUGUAACAUCCCGUCUCCACCAAUCAACUACUGUAACUCCCGUCUCCACCAAUCAACUACUGUAACUCCCGUCCCCACCAAUCAACUACUGUAA